AAAAUAUAGGCCUGGCCUCACGUGACCUCUGCUGCAGCAACUUGAACAGGACAAGCGACAGCUACAGCCUUAAGGUCGGGAAAGUAAGAUGAGGAUUUGGAUCCUGCAUUGCCCUGCCUUCCACCCUAUCUCUCCCCAAAUAAUAAACGGCCAUCCUUGGGAAGCAGCAGAGUUAAGACAUCUCCCCACUUCCCUAGUGACAUAAACACAAGCAGUAGAGCAUGUUCAGAUGGCACAGAAUCCAGGGACUACAUUUCAUGAGGAGAAUCUGGUACCAAAAUAUGGGUGGGGAGUCCGGGGUUGUGAGAACGCAAGUGCAAAGAGGGGAACCUUCCUCCGUUUCUACUCAUCGGAUCCUGACGCUGAGUCUUCUGAGCUGGGGGGAGUACUGGCUAGUUCUUCUUCUUCAGAGUCCUCACUCUGCCUCCUCUUCUUUUUGCUCUUGUUCUCUCCAGAAGAGCUCUCAUCACUAGAUGCAAACUCUUUGCUUUUGAAGCUCUCGCUUAGCUGCCUUGAGGCCGACUUGGAUGAUGAGUCCCUAGAGGGCGUGGACUUCUUUUCCAUCUUUACCUUUACUUUCUUCUUCUUUGACUUGUCCCUUUUAGAAGACUCGCCUCAGCCACCUUCAUAUUCCUUCGUGGCUUCUUCAUAUUCCCUCCUGGCAUCCUCAGCCUUGCGAUCCCACUCCCCUUUCUUCUCUUUGGACAUUCCCUUACAGAUCUCGCCAGCCUUCUUGGAAAGAUCAGUGAUACUGAUGCCAGGAUGGCCUGACUUGAUCUUCUCUCAGCUGGCAUUGAGCCACAGCAUGUAGGCAGACAGGGGCCUCUUUGGGGCAAUGGGGUCUUUGCCUUUCUUCACCUCCACAGGCUUCUUUUGGCUCUUGCGGUCCUUGGCCAUCUUGGCCUUUUUGAGCUGUUUCUGCUUCUUCUCAUCCCAGUCACUGUCACCCUCAUUACUGCAGAAGCUGGCAGAGACA